UUUUGGGCCACAUUUUGUUUAUAACAAAUUUAGAUGAAACGAACAGAACCCGAACCUUAUACCGGGCCCCCCUAAUUUAAUAGAUUUAUCCAGUUUUAAAUUAAAUGUGACACAACUAUAUCAAAGAAAUAAUUCGAAAAUUAUCAGUAAUUAGACUACAGUCCAGUGUUUUACGUAAGAAAUAGCAAUUACAAUUUGAAAAGGAAUCAAAAAUAAGGAGUGGGGCGCGCGCGACAAAUUGCAAGAGUAGAAGAGAACUAUAACUAAUAAUUACACACAGAAUUGACAUUGGCCACCGCCGCCGCUGGUCGUUGGACAGCAAGCACGCCACCUGUUUGUUUAUGACUAAAAUUGUUAAUAGCCUGAAGUGCGUAUAUGCAUGUGUCAUUUUAGUGAUAAUAAAACCCAGUUGUCGUCGUCGUCGUCACUAGUUGUUGGUGGUAUUGCUGCUGCCGUUUUAAUCAUUUAUUUAUGGCUUCAAAUGCGCAACUCGGAAAAAUUAUAUUGAUAACCGCAAUCGCUGUGUUUUUCUACUAUUUCUUUUGGGUGGCUAUAUUGCCGUUCAUGCUGAUCGAUGAAGGCAAUCCAAUACGCUUGUUCUUUCCAUCAUUGAAAUACGCCUUCAUAGUGCCCACUGUAUUUGGAGUUAUCUUUCUUGGCGGCAUUGCCAUAUUUUCCUUCUAUCACAUUUGGAUAUUGAAGACAAAACGUGCCGUUGCCUAA